UCAUUCAAGCUCUGAGAUUCAAGUAAGAAAGUAAUGUUAUCGAACCUAUUAUAUUUAUAACAUUUUUUGUUUCAAUAUGUAAUAGGUAUUGAUUUAAGUACAUAUUUGAACAUUUAUUAAUCAAUCAUUGUUCUACGGUUACUGAAAAUAACACGCUUUAAAUUUAAUCUGUGGUUCUGAGGGAAAAUCUAACAAACUUGGUAUUCUAUAGACUUAUUCAAUAGACGACGUGCAGGCAACCUGUCGUCACUAUUUGAAUCUCAAUUCCAUCAUUUACAUUGAUUAUAAAUUAUACCUUAUGUAUUAUAGGAGAUACGCUGCUUCUAAAUAAAUUAUCAUUAAAAAAUACAACAAACAACAAGACAUAAACACUGAUAUCAAAUUAAAAGUGGAAAGGCACUGGUCAAAAGAGGUGAAACAUUACCUUGAUAAACAUGACUCAAAUCGGGAAUAUCAUUAUGUUCUACCAAUGUUUCCAUAUCCUUCUGGCAACCUUCAUAUGGGACAUGUGAGAGUUUAUACAAUAUCAGAUACAAUAGCUCGAUUUCUUGCUCUCACUGGAAAAAAUGUCAUCCAUCCAAUUGGCUGGGAUGCAUUUGGUCUUCCUGCUGAGAAUGCAGCCAUAGAACGCAACAUUUUACCCCAUAAUUGGACUAAGACAAAUAUUGACUCCAUGAAGAAUCAACUGUUAAAGCUGGGUUUUGAUUUUGACUGGUCUAGGGAAAUAUCAACCUGUGAUCCUCAAUACUAUCGGUGGACUCAAUACAUAUUCUUAAAGUUAUUUGAAAAUGGAUUGGCAUACCAGAGCAAAGGAAAAGUAAAUUGGGAUCCUGUUGAUAAAACUGUACUAGCAGAUGAACAAGUGGAUGAGUCAGGUUGCUCUUGGCGAUCAGGGGCGAAGGUUGAAUCAAAAAUUCUUACUCAGUGGUAUAUUAAAACCACAAAAUAUGCUAAACAGCUGUAUGAUGGUUUAAACAGUAAAUAUUUAGAGAGUUGGAAUGAUAUUAUCAACUUGCAACAACAUUGGAUUGGUGAAUGUGAUGGUGUAGUGGUAACUUUUAAAUUAAUGGUACAAGAUAAAUUAAGAAGUGUUGAUGUUUGGACAAAACAACCACAUAAGUUCAUCCACGCACAAUUUUUACUUAUAAGUAGGAGUAAUAUAUUGAUUGAAGGUGCAGAUAAAACUAAUAGUUCAAGUCUAAAGUGUUACAACCCUAUAACAAGUUCAGAACUACCAAUUUAUAUCACAGAUGAUGUUAACUAUCCAGUGGGAAAAAGUGUUUAUAUAGCAUCUCCAGCAACAGAUGAAUAUGAUAUGAAGUUGGCAAAAACUUUAAAUAUAUCAAUAACAGGAAACAAAAACCAUAUUGAUAUUGAAAGUGACAAUGAAAGGGCUGUAAGUAUUGCACAAAGUAAAAAUGUUGGAGGUCAUUUUGUGAAUUCUAAUCUGAAAGAUUGGCUAAUAUCCAGACAGAGAUAUUGGGGAACUCCUAUACCAAUAGUGCAUUGUCCAUCAUGUGGAACGGUUCCAGUGCCAUAUGACGACUUGCCUGUAACCUUGCCUACAAUCACUGGAAAUGAAAUUCAAACUCUUGAAAAAAUUGAUGAUUGGGUUAACUGUAGGUGUCCAAAAUGUCAAAAACAUGCUAAAAGGGAGACGGACACCAUGGAUACAUUUGUAGAUUCUUCUUGGUAUUACUAUCGUUUUUUGGAUCCCAAUAAUAAAUCAUUUCCCUUUGAAAAAACCAAAUUAUUGAAUAAGGCACCUGUUGAUAUAUACAUCGGGGGUAAAGAACAUGCUGUUUUGCAUUUGUACUAUGCCCGCUUUAUGAGUUACUUCUUACAUUCACUUGGAUGGACACCAACAUGUGAGCCUUUCAAAAAGCUUUUGGUACAAGGUAUGGUGAUGGGUCAAUCAUAUAAGUUGAAAUCAACAGGCAAAUAUUUACCUCCUGAAAAGGUCGAAAAAGUAGGUAAGGAAUUUCAAGAGAAGGAAACAGGAGAGCUUGUUGUUACACAAUGGGAAAAGAUGAGCAAAUCAAAAUAUAAUGGUGAAAACCCUGAACAUUUACUUUCUACAUAUGGAUGUGAUGCAACAAGACUGCUUAUAUUGGCAGAUGUUCCACCAGCCACAAGUCGACGUUGGUCUGAUGCCACUGUACCUGGGAUACUGAACUGGCAACACCGUUUGUGGCUGACCAUCCGGGACUUUUUAAAAUAUAGAAAUGAAACGCUUGUUAGUAGCACAUUGACUACUGAAGAAUUUGCUAAAUUCGAGUUAAAUUUACGAGAAUCAAGAAAUUAUUUCAUUGCAACUACAACUUAUCACUUUAAACACACACAGAAACUGAGCGUAGGAAUCUCGAGAUUGCAGGGCUUAACAAAUACAUUGAGGAAUAAAGUGCCACCUGAAGUCAUAAGUAAAAGUAAAGAAUUUGAAAUUGCAUUGGCUUAUUUAAUUAUAAUGCUGUCGCCGGUUAUGCCACAUUUUUGUUCGGAAUUGUGGGCUGGAUUCAUGGAAGCCCCCAACAGGGUGUGCCACUCGACAGAUGGCAAAAUUUAUUGGGAUAAAAGCAUUUUAGAGCAGAAAUGGCCUGAAGUUGACGACGAUUACAAGUUGUCGUUGUUGUGCAAAGUUGAUGGCGCUGACAGGUGUGAUUUAAAAAUAGAAGCAAGUCAUCUGAAAAAUUUGAGUCAAGAAGAUGCAUUGCAUCUAGCAAUAAAUGAAGAACCUGUAGCCAAAAGAUUAAAGUCCGGAAUACUUAGAGUGCAAUAUGAGUUAUAUCCAGGUUGUCGAGCUAUCUUAAGCAUCUUUACUAAUAAGAAUGUAAAAAAAACAAAGCCAGACAAUAAAGCAGAAGAGCGAUUACAAGUAGUGAAUUGAAGUGAAGACGAAGACAUUUGCGAUCGCGAAAAUCAGUCUAGUGGUUUUGAGUUUAAUCAUUUCAGAAAAAUAGAUAUUUAACUGAAUAUAGAAUAUGCGUAUGUACCUACGUACGAAAGUGUACGAGUUUAAAUUAUUAUGUAUGUAACUGCCGUGUGGUUCCCGGCACCAAUAGAAAAAGAAAAGGACCACUCUAACUCUCUCCCAUGGAUGUCGUAAAAGGCGACUAAGGGGUAGGCAUAUAAACUUGGGAUUCUUUUAGGCGAUGGGCUAGCAACCUAUCACUAUUUGAAUCUCAAUAGGCUAUUUGACAAUGUUCUAAAAACUAUCUUAGGGUAGGUAUUUAUUUGUUUAUAAGGAGCCCUAAAAAAACACUUUUCUGUCUUUAUUUUAGCUAUUUUAUAAAAAAUCGAAAAAGAAAAUGCAAUAUUCAAAUAUGCCGCCAAAACGCGACUUUUAGCAAUAUGGCGGCCAUGGAAGGCAGUGACGUAAAUUUCGCAUAAAUAUCAUACAGAGCUUGUUGGUGUUUCGAAUAGUUUUGAUUUUAUCUUGUUUUAAUUAACUUGUGCCACGUCAUAUGUGUGAAAAUUAUUAAAAUGAGUUUCUAUAAAUGUUGUGCAGUACCUGAUGUGAGUAUUUACGAUGAUAAGUUCUUAUUAUUCGGCAGCUUAAAAAUCUGGAUUGUCUUUGAAGAAGACGCCAACCAUUUGCAUCCACUUUUGGUAGGUUUCGACUGUCAGCUUUCUCGAAAUUGGUUUCCAUUAUUAAAUACCUAUGUUAUCUGAGCAAUCCUGAGCGAUAAAACACUUAUAAAAUCUUGAAAAAUAAUAGCGAACACCAAGGAACGGUACGAUCCACAGUCUGUUUAUGGAUAAUUUACGUCAUAAUAGAAAUAGCCAAUCACGGUCAUUUUUAGUCACGUGACAUCUACAUAAAAAACUAAUUUUCGGAGACGGAUUUUGUUAAUAUAAUGCAAUAUUUUUAUCUCGCGUUAUUACAAAUCGCUCCAAAAAAAUAAUAUUAAGACUGAUGACAUAAAAGAAAUGUACCUAUAUUUUUAUUACAGUCAAAUAGCCUAUUCUAACUUAAAGCCAAAUAGCUGAACGUAGCUUAUCAGUCUUUACAAGACUGUUGGCUCUGUCUACCCCGCAAGGGAUAUAGACGUGAUUAUCUAUACAUAUAAUAAAACAGUAAAAAUAUUUUGUCUGUACAUUAAGUAUUUUUGACUGAAAUGUAUAGAGGGAUACUUAGAAUAAAUAAUAUAAAAAAAUUUU